AUGGUAAGCUUUGACGAAUUGAUACCGGAACUUGGAGGUUUCGGGCGUUACCAGAAAAGACUUCUUCUAUUGCUAAGUCUACCUACGGCUUCAUCAGCGAUGUUCAUGAUCAUGAUGGUAUUUGCGCUGUAUACACCAAACCAUAGGUGCAAACAUCCCCUGAGCUCAAAUGACAUGAAUAUUUCCUCUGAUGUUCGUUUCAUUGUUUCCAAAUGCAACUUAUAUCAAUUUAUUGAGGAGCCGCUUAAUUCGUCGGAUGUCAGUUUGUCUAAUGUUUCCAAGCACAAUCGCCAAAUGCCUUGUCAGGCUUGGGAUUAUGACGAGGAUGUUUUUAAAUCAACAUUCACCACCACCCAUAACCUUGUAUGCGAGGAAAGCGUUAAAAUAUCUCAUGCACAAAUGAUAUUUUUCUUCGGUGUUGUAAUGGGAGACAUACUGUUUGGACAGCUGUCUGAUUACAUCGGGCGAAAGAGGACGUUGAUUAUGGCCAUUUCUAUCCUGUUUUUGUCCGGAAUGGCAGCGUCUUGGUCCCCGGAGUAUUAUACCUUUGUCAUAAUACAGUUUGUCAAUGGAGCCGCCUGCAGGGGAGUUUCGGUUUUGGGUUUUGUGUUAGGUCUGGAGUUUGUUGGUCCAAGUGUACGUGUGUGGUUUGGGCAGAUUUUCAACAUAAGCUUCGCAACAGGCCUGUGCUUACUUUGUGGUGUGGGAUUCCUUAUUAAAGACUGGCAAUAUAUACAGAUUGUCUCUAGUUCACCCAUAAUCGUCUUUGUUUCCUAUUGGUUCAUUUUAGACGAGUCACCGCGCUGGCUUUUGAGUAAAGGCAGAACCGAGGAGGCAAAGACAAUAUUACACAAAAUUGCUCUCAUGAACAAUAAGAUUCCUGCUGAAGACCUUCUUCAACGAAUAGAAAAUAUAGAAAAUGUCCACAAAGGAAAACUCUGGAGCUUAUUCAAGAACAGGACUCUUACUUUACGAACUUUAGUUAUCUUCUUUAAUUGGUUUGCAGUGGGAAUGACGUAUUACGGCGUGUUCCUGCAUGCAGAAAACCUAGGAGGCAGUUUUUAUCUAGCCAUUUUCCUUCUAUCUAUCAUUGAAGUUCCCAUACUCUUCUUCAACAUGUACCUAUUAAACAAAUUCGGGAGAAGGAGAGUCCACUGCUUCAUGAUGCUGAUUGGGGGACUCUCCUGUAUAUGUACUAUAAUGCCGGUGGUAUUUGGAGGAGAAGAAUUACAACCACUGAUCCUUGCUCUUGCUGUCCUUGGGAAAAUGGGUGCAUCUGCAUCUUUUGGGACCAUUUACGUCUUAACGGGAGAGUUGUUUCCGACAGUUAUUCGAAAUGGAGCCGUCGGUACAAGCUCUAGCUUCGCGAGGAUUGCUUCAAUGCUAGCGCCGUAUGUAGCAAAGCUUGGCACAGUUGGUGUAAUUCGUUUUGGAAAAGCCAUUCCCCUGAUCAUUUUUGGAGCUUGCUCAAUCAUAGCUGGCCUUUGCUCGUUACUCCUACCCGAAACUAUGGGCUGUCGACUUCCAGACACCAUAAAUGAAGCUAUUAACUUCAAUCUCCUUCGACAAGAAUCAGGCCAGGAAAGUGAGAUCGCAGAACUGGAUCAUUUGAACGAAGAUCAAUGUGACGACUGA